GAAGGUUCACGUGCGAACACCACCGGCAGGAUUAAACUGAAAAUUUUUAUUUAUUAUUCAACCACACAUGGUUAUCGAUCUGUUAAGAUUAAAAUACACAAUGAAAUUAAUUAUUUUUUCAUUGUUUACUGGUUUUAUGUUUUGAUGUGUACUUUUUUAAAAGCAUGACAAAAACCACUCUGAUUAGUCUUUGUGGUGUAAUUCCGUGAGAAAUGUUAAUUCCUAGAUUUUAUUUGUGAUUAAUUAACAAACUAACAGCAGAACUGAGUCAUGCCUUUAUGAGUCAUAGAUUUUAGCCGGUAUCCCCACACUUUCACACGGAGAUGAGCCAGACUGUAGUCUACCCUCAUCUUCCCCCCAGGAGGCUCCGCUUCCCAGCCCCCUUUGUUCAGUCUGGCCGGUGGGUUGAGUCAAAAGAAGGCUGAGCUAACCCAACACUGACUGGAAACACAGACAGGAGCCAGAACAGGCCCAAGGAGCGAACAAACAGCGCCAAAAAGACGCAUUUAGGAGCAGAAAAAUAGUUUUCCAGCGUUGCUGAUGCUGCGCGUCUUUUCGGAUUCUGACGGGAUUUCGUGCUUCCCUCGCGGCCGUCCACAUCGAUCAUCCUCGGUCUCCUUCGGUGGCUGCUUCAGCCAUCAUCGUGAGAAAUGAGCCGACGGGCUAAAUGCUAAGCCAACGCCGGUGUGUUGCUAACCUUGUGCAGUUGUUUCCAUCAUCCACGGAUCCACGCUGACUCUCCCUUUCAGUUUCUGCUCAGCAUCCAUAUUUGCAUCCCAGGGAGUGGCAGCCGCUAAUCCGUCUUUUCCCUGACAAGGACCUGAAAGUUGGCCAGCAGUCGGACAGCCCUUUGGACUUGGUAUUUUCACACGGGAAGCUAAACAUGGAGAACCACGGCCUCCACUCCCUCAUCUAGUUCCAGAUCCAGAAGGUCUUUAGCACCCAGGGUGGAGCUCUCAGGUCCCAGUCGUCUCCUGCUACUGUAAAAUGAACAUGCUGAAGUCCAGCGGACUUAAAAUCCCUGGCCGCGGGGCCAAGCAUUCCAGCCCAGUGGGAAGGACCUCAGCUGGUGGGACAUCCAGCCCCAUUGCCCCGAAAGACAGCACUCCAUUGAAGCCCAUCACACCAACUAAAAUCUCUGAGGAGGGGGACGAUGUUUUGGGGGACUACACUGUUGGGGAACAGGUCUGGGUCAACGGCAUCAAACCAGGAGUUAUUGCUUACCUUGGGGAGACCCAGUUUGCCCCCGGACAGUGGGCAGGCGUGAUACUGAAUGACCUAGUUGGCAAGAAUGAUGGUUCGGUGGGGGGUGUGCGCUACUUUGAGUGCCAGCCCCUCCAGGGCAUUUUCACACGACCCUCAAAGCUAACCCGACAGCUGGUCGGAGAGGGGAGCGACAGCCACUCCACCGACUCGGCCCAGAAUCAAACCCAGUUCGGCGGCGGUGGCGCCCCCGCUGGCCAGAGGGUGGUGGUGCCACUCAGAGAGGGGCUGCUCAACAGUGCCGUCAAAACAGGAAACGAGUCUGGGUCCAACAUGUCGGAUAGUGGGUCGGUUAAAAAAGGUGGCGAUAAGGAUCUUCGAGUUGGAGAUCGAGUUCUGGUCGGAGGCUCUAAGAUGGGAGUCAUCCGUUACAUGGGAGAAACCGACUUUGCUAAGGGUGAAUGGUGCGGGGUCGAGUUGGAUGAGCCCCUGGGGAAGAAUGAUGGUGCUGUAGCUGGUACAAGAUACUUCCAGUGUCUUCCUAAGUUUGGCCUGUUUGCUCCGAUCCAUAAGGUGAUCCGCAUCGGCUUCCCGUCCACCAGCCCAGCCAAGGCAAAGAAGAGCAAGCGGGUGGCCAUGGGGGUCUCCUCUCUGGCCCACAGCCCCAGCAGCUCCUCCAUCAGUUCAGUCAGCUCGGUGGCCUCCUCUGUGGGUGGACGACCGAGCCGAGCUGGACUGCUCACAGAGACGUCGUCGCGCUAUGCCCGUAAGAUCUCGGGCACCACUGCGCUGCAGGAAGCCCUGAAGGAGAAGCAGCAGCACAUCGAGCAGCUGUUGGCUGAGAGGGACCUGGAGCGAGCCGAGGUUGCCAAGGCAACCAGCCACAUCUGCGAGGUAGAGAAAGAGCUGAGCGUCCUCAAAACGCAGCACAUGCAGUACGUCUCGGAGAACGAGAGCACGCUCCAGCAGGUCCGAACCAUGUUGGCCAGCACUCAGAAAGAUAAACUGGAACUGGCCAACCAGCUGGAAGAGGAGAAGAGGAAAGUGGAAGAUCUCCAGUUCAGAGUAGAAGAGGAGUCCAUCACCAAAGGAGACCUGGAGACUCAGACGAAACUGGAACACGCUCAUAUCCGUCAGCUUGAGCGGAGCCUGCUCCUCGAAAAGUCGAGAGCAGAGGAGCUCCAGAAAGAGCUAGAGAGGCGGAGGCAAACCACAGUGGAGGAACAGAGUCGCAUCGUGCAGCUGGAGGACGAGCUCACCCUCAGGAGAGCUGAGAUCGAGGACCUCCAGGCGCAGCUCAGACGAGAAGACACAAGCUUGAGAGAAGCUGCUGAUAGCGAAGCGGGUGCGGGGGCCAACGCCCAAUCAGAGACCCUGGUCCUCCGGGAGCAGUUGUUGUCGGCAGGCCGUGAGCACCACAAGGAGAGCAGCAAACUCAGAGUAAAGUAUGAGGCAGCGUUAGCAGCAAGCCAGCAGGAGGCGGACUCACUGAAGGCGGUGGUAGAUAAACAGAACCUGGAGAUCAGUGAGAUGAAGCAGAAGAUCCAGCAGGCCACCAAGGAAAACAUGGAAAUGAUGGACACCUGGAAGGUUAAAUUUGACACUUUAGUGAAUGACCAUCAGCGAUCCUUGGAGGAGCUAAAGGCAUCCUUGAGAAGAGAUCAAGCUGCUCCAGAAGACCGAGAGCAGGAUGCCCAGGAGCUGAGGACCACUUUGGAGAGCUUGAAGAUGGAGCACCAGCUGGAGGUGGAGAAUCUCAAGGCCAAACAUAAGAUUGAAGCUGCCAUUCUGACCAAGGAGCGCGAGGACCUCUUCACUCGCCUUCAGGAGGCCAGAGACCAGCUGGCUGAGGGCAGCCAGACAUGGAGGUCUGAAGCAGAGGCUCAAAACAGCAAACAGGCCCUGGACGAAGUCUCCAAGAAGCUACAAAAGGCAGAGCAGAGGCUGGUGGAGAUGGAGAAGCUCCAUAUGGAGAAGGAUAAAAGCACAGCUGAGCUGCGAGACAGACUGGAGCUGUCAGAGAAGAAGAUGAUAGAUUACCGAGCCCUGCAGAAAGUCCAGGCUGAGAGCCAGGAGGAGAUCCAGAAACUGGAGGAGAAGCUGAGGGUGAGGGCAAACCAGCUCCAGGCCAUCCAGGCUGAUCGCUACAUGUCCCAUGAUGCAAACGUGAUAGAAGAAAAUGAAAUUUCAGAUGAGAAGAUGAAGCUGAAACAGAAUAUUGAAGAAACAAUAGAGAAGUUGUUGAAAAGGGAAAAGGAAGUCUCUGCUCUCACUUCCCAGGUUGAGGCCCUAAAAUCACAGAUUGGAGCUCUCGAAGGCAAAGUCCGCUCAGGGGAAAAGAAAGCCGAAGCCCUGGCCAAGGAGAAGAUGCGUGUGGAGGCGGAGUUGGAGUCCAUGACCAAGAAGUCCCAUGAUGCCUCAGGGCAGCUCGUCAGCAUCAGCCAGGAGCUGCUGAAGAAAGAAAGGAGUCUGAAUGAACUGAGGGUGUUGCUCCUGGAAUCACAUCGCCACUCACGGGACAUGGAGAAAGACCUGAGCCGAGACGUGCGCAAGGCCGAGUGGAAGGUCAAAGAGCAGAAACUCCAGGACGACAUCAAAACCCUGCGAGAGAAGCUACUUCUGCUGGGUCGGGAGCGGUCUUCGCCUGAUCACCGGCGCUACUCCAUGCUCGACCCAUCAGCUCUGGACUCUGAGGUGAACCGCCUACGCCAGCGGCUGCUCAGUACCGAGGAUGCCCUGAGGAACGCUUUGGAGCACAACCAGCAAGUCGACCAGCUGGUUCAGGCCAUGCGCAGGCAUCCAGAUAAAAGCCCGGUGCAUGGUGCAAAUUCAGCUAAUGGGAUUCAUCACCAGGAGUCAGACAGCACUCGGGAUGUUGGAGCAACACUGAUGUGAGCAGAAACGAUGAGACGGGGUGGCGGACCUGACCCAGACUGAUCUGGGACACGUAGACCUGAACCUGCAACAGACGCCUGACGAACAUUUCAGUUUACACUUAAUACCAAAACAGCUAAAUCUCUAUCUGAAGUGAAUUUAUUUGUUGUUGCAGAAAGCACCUAUUAGCCAAUCAUGAAGAUCGCUUAAACAACUAUAAAGUAUGGACAUGCAGAGAAAUUAUCAGUAGCACUGCUGAAAACACCCAGUGUGGCAACUUUGGAUGCUUUACAGUAGUUAGAAAGUUUGAAUCUACGAGUUGCCGGGAACAAAUCUGAAAUCUGAGCAAAACUGCUGAUGGACAAAUACAUGAAGAACUGAAGAACUGGGUCUCAGUUGCUUUCUUUGUUUUAUUUAUUACUUUUUCUUCGCUCGAAUGCUUUGUAAUAAUCCCUCGUACUGUAGGUGAGCUGUCUUGGCCUGUGACACUCAGAGCAACUUGUGAACAAUGACUUUUAUUUAGUAAGUCUGGCUCAUUUGUCAUCUUGAUAUCUGGUAUUGAAACUUAUUCAUCUAUCCUUGCCUUGUUUUCACACGUCCGCUGUAGCGCACAAACAUUAAUUGUUGUUCUCCAAACACAAUCUUCUUUUUGGGGUCUGAAACAAAUCGGGGUGA